CGCGCUGAGCCAUGCAGAUGUGUCGCAGAUUUUAAAAGUCACUGUGCGCGCAGAAAGAUCUAGUACGAGGAAAUGGGACGCUGAAAAGCUUUUAAAACUGAAGCCAAAGCAAAACUGCGAAGAAGACAGUACGAUAGAAGCAGGAAGACAUCACAGAUUCAUCUGACUUUAACGAGCAAAGCGCAUUUCCAUUUUCCAAAUACAUCUACACACAGCUCCAUGGUUAUUUUAAAGAUAUUGUUUUAAGUCAUUAAAAGCGCAAAAUAAUCCCAUGGAACUGUCUGCAAUCGGAGAACAAGUGUUUGCUGUGGAAUCGAUCAGAAAGAAAAGAGUAAGGAAGGGGCAUGUGGAAUAUUUACUAAAAUGGAAGGGGUGGCCCCCAAAGUACAGCACUUGGGAACCCGAGGAGCAUAUCCUGGAUCCCCGGCUUGUUUUAGCAUUUGAGGAGAAAGAACAUAAGGACAGAGCAGUGGGUUGGCGUAAGAGAGGACCUAAACCAAAAAGACUUUUUGUACAGGGCAUUUACUCAAUGGAUCUCCGCAGUGCACACAAAGCAGUAGAGAAGUCUUCAGGACAUCUGCACCUGUCUCUUACACACCCCCUUGAUCCACAGGCUGGACAUGCAGCACAUCAAUUCUGCUCCACAGAAAAAAGUGUAUAUGGUCAUCUACUUCAUCAAAAAAUUAAGAAGAGAAAGCUCAAAGGCCCUUCAGUGAAGGACUGGGAAGAGUUGGAGAAGGAUGACAACUAUGAAGAGGAGCUUAUGAGAGAGGAAGAGACUGUAGAGGCAACUCUAAACAGUAAUGUGGACAUAGAGGAUUGGAGUCCAUUACCUGGAUCAGAGGAAAUGGCAGUGUCUCCAGUGUGUGAGGAAUGGAGGCCAGUUAUGGGUCUAGAGGAGGUAACUGUGACAGAUGUCACCAUCAAUUCUCUGACAGUUACUUUUAGAGAGGCUUUGGUUGCAAAGGGCUUCUUUAGAAGCUGGGAACUGGAACUAUAAUACAGAAACAUGAUGAUAAAGUAUGAAGAUGUCAAGUGAGACAGAAGGAGGGAGACAUGGAAUGUCAGACUUUAUUGAAUGCACUACAUGUAUUGAGGUUUUACAUAAUUCUUUCUACUGAUAUUUUUUAACAUAUGGUAAAUUUAUGAUUAGUAGAGCAAAAAUCCUCAGCCUGGGAAGUCUCCACUUCAUGCUCAACUCAGUUCAAUGCAAUGUUAUUUGUAUAGCACUUUUAACAAUGGACAUUGUCAUAAAGCAACUUUACAGAAAUAUAUAUAUACAGUAUAUACAUUUUAAAUGUAGAAAUGUAUCCCUUAUGAGCAAGCCAGAGAUGACGGAGGCAAGGAUAAACUCUGUAAGACGAUACAAAGAAGAACCUUGAGAGGAACUAGAGUCAAAUGGGAUCUCCACCUAAUCCAGGUGACACUGGAUCGUUCAAUUAUAAAUAAAUCUCUUUAAUAAUUGUGAACUAUAUAGUCAAAAGUGCAAUUGUGUAACCAGAAUUAAUUAUUAAACUUGAAGUCUGUUUGCUAGUCUGUCAUGCUAUAUCUACAGGUGCAUCUCAAUAAAUGAGAAUGUUGUGGAAAGUUAAUUUAUUUCAGUAAUUCAACUCAAAUAGUGAAACUUGGAUAAAUUCAGUACAUACAGACUGAAAUAGUUUAAGCCUUUGGUACUUAUAAUUGUGGUGAUUUUGGCUCACAUUUAACAAAAACCCACCAAUUAUAAUCUCAAAAAAUUUGAAUAUGGAGAAGGCUGUUGAUCUGACAGUUGUCCAGAAGACAAUUAUUGACACCCUGUGAAGGAGUGUCAAGGAGGGUAUUAAAAUAUAUGGCUAUCAAACAAGGAGGGUAAGCCACAAACAUGCAUUGCCAAAGAAGCUGGCAAUCAAGUGUUCAAGUGCUGUAGUGCUGUUUCCAAGCAUGUUAACAAUGUUGAGUAGAAGGAAAAAGUGUGGAAGAAAAAGAUGCACAACCAACCGAUAGAAACUGUACAAGAAUUUGGUUGAACUUUACAAAGAAUGGACUGAGGCUGGGGUCUAGGCAUCAAGAGCCACCACACACAGACAUGUCAAGGACUUUUGCUACAGUUGUUGUAUUUCUCUUGUUAAGCCACUCCUGAAAAAUAGAGUCUCCUAGAGUCUGGAGGAAGGGUGGAGAAGCUCAUAGCCCAAGUUGCUUGAAGUCCAGUGUUAAGUUUCCACAGUUUGUGAUGAUUUGAGGUGCAAUCUAAUCUGCUGGUAUUGCUCCACUGUGUUUUUUGAAAACCAAAGUCACUGCACCCAUUUACCAAGAAACUUUAGAGCACUUCAUGCUUCCUUCUGCUGACCAGCUUUUUAAGGAUGCCGAUUUCAUUUUCCAGCAGUAUUUGGCACCUGCCCACACUGCCAAAAGCAAGUUGGUGUGCUUGACUGGCCAGCAAACUCACCAGACCUGAACCCCAUAGAGAAUUUAUGGUGAAUUGUCAAGAAGAAAAUGAGAAAUAAGACCAAAAAAUGCAUAUGAGCUGAAGGCCACUGUCAAAUAAACCUGGGCUUCCAUACCACCUCAGCGGUGCCACAGACUGAUCACCUCCAUGCCACGCCAAAUUGAGGAAGUAAUUAAAGCAAAAGGAGCCCCUACCAAGUACCGAGUGCUUGUACAGUAAAUGAACUUUUAUGAAUGAAUACUUUUCAAAAGGCCAACAAUUCACUAAAAAUGUUUUUUUAUUGGUCUUAUGAAGUAUUCAAUUUUUUUGAAUUGUUGGGUUUUUGUUAAAUGUGAGCCAAAAUCAUCACACUUAAAAGAACCAAAGACUUUAACAACUUCAGUCUGUGUUCUGAAUUUAUAUAAUGCACGGGUUUCACUAUUUGAGUUAAAUUACUGAAAAAAAAUUAACUUUUCCACAACAGUCUAUUUUAUUGAGAUGCACCUGUAUAUAAACUGUUUAUCAGUGAAACAGAUCCAAAUUUCAAAUGGCAGUUUUAUAUUUGAAGACUAAGAGUGAAUAGAAAAGAUACCGAAGCUAUGUAUACUUACAUUGUACUGCUACUUGUGGGUGUGUUUAUUUAAGUACAUGUAAAAGUACACUUUAGAGGUACAUAGUCUAAUUUGUAACUCAAAAUAACUCAAAAUAAGUAAAAUUGCUUAGCAGACAUCAGCAAAGAAGGGAGACUCCUGUGCACACUUAAAUUUAAAUACAAAUUGUGGUUGAGUUCUCAAGAUGAAUUUUUUUAGGAAACUGGAAAUUCAUUUUUUAUAUGAUUAGUUUUGUUUUAUAGUAUGAUGUGAUCAUUAAAUGAUUAGUAUUAACAGUGUUGAUGUCACAGCAACAGGACAUACCUGUUGUCUUGAGUACCUCUGACAGAAAUGUCAAUGUAAACAAGUCAUGGAAGAAUAUUAUAAUUUCAGUUGUUCUUUGCACCCCUUCUCUUAAUCAUGACAAGCCGAUCCACAUUUAGUUACUAUUUAAGUAUUCAAACCUAGGAAAAUACAGUUAUCUCUUGUCCAUAUCAUAAUCUCCUUAGAAUUUCAAAUGUUAUUAUAAUACGUAUUAUAAUACAUUUUCUAACAAUUUACUUUCACUUACAGCAGCAAAAGAUAGGAGAGAGGAUGGCACAGGUGAAUUCUGCGGUCAGCAUCGCAUGCUCUGUGCCAGAAUUGAAUGUGCAAAAAAUAUAAACAGCAUGGUCAGUAAAUUUCCUUAAAUGUUGUAGCUGAGCUCAUGACCACUUAAAGCUGACACGACCAUGCUGUGCUGCCACCAGGCAACUGUACACAACAACCUAAUGCUUUAAACAGGAUUAAAUUUAAUAAUUAAGUAAUUUCCUUCAUAUUAGAGGCUGUUGCCAUGUCAGAAGGCUAAAAACCUUGUUUUAUAUCAAACUCCACCACUACCCAUUUUUGAUUUCCAGGUUUUAAGACAAUUUUUUAUAGCUUGACCAAUAAUGCUGACAUUUUGACUGUAAUUAUUCUUAUACUUGACUUCACUGCACUUUUAUUAAUAGCUUCCUUUAGUCAUAUAGCUAUGCCAAAUCUGACUAAACUUUUGCAAAAAAAACUGAACAAAAAAGGUGCCCAAUAAUUAAUUACAGAAGUGAAGUAGUGAAGUGAACUUGUGAAAUAUUUUCAUCCAUUGUUAUUAAAGUAAAAUGAGUCAAUUAAAAAUGUUUUAAAAAUAAGACUCAGCUUUUACAAGUACAUGACUACAAUAGUUUUAAACAUGUACCACUGGCAGUUUUGGUAAAAAAUGGUCAUUUAUGAAACAGGCAACAUCUCCAUAAAUGAACAUUUCAAAAAGCAUUUCAGCAUUUAUUCUACAACAUGUGGGAAAAUGAUCAUAGAUAUCCAUAAAUGUUUAUAAUGUCCUAGUUUUUUAUAAUCUUCUCUAUAAGCUGAAGCAUUGUAAACAAAAUUCCUAAAUGCCAUGCUUAUCUGGAAAUGUUGUGUAUAGCACCCACUUCUCUCAUAAAACAUGUAAUCAUUGUUUAGUCUGAGCAUUGUUAUUAUGAUACAAUACAUGUGUAAGGGCUUACUAGCUUAUUUUGCGUUUGCAGUAGCACCAGUUAAGUUGAUCUGUGAAAUGUUUUACUAUCAGCAUAGUGUUAUUGCAACAGUAUGUAAGCUGUCACUGAAAAAAAGACCCCGGUUACAUGUAACUGUUUUAUGUGUUGUAUAUCUGUAUUGCAUACUAGCAAGAUUUUAAUCACAUGCAUUUGCACUAGUUACAUUAAUAUUCUCAUUUCAAUACUGGUUUAGCUGUAAAUGUUAUUGCAGCAAAGGCCUAUUCUUUCACCAAAGUUGAUUCUUUCUUUCUGAAUUGUUUUAUUCCUCCUGUACCACAGCAAAUCGCCACCAAUAUACUUUUUAUUUAUUAACAAAUUAUAUUUGAUUUGAUUACCUUUAUCGGUUAAAAGUUAUUUAACAUCCUGUUAUCACUUACAUUUAACAAGCUAUAACAGUUGUUUCUUCACUUUUUUCUUGAAGAUAAUAAGGCAUAUGUAUUAUUGUGUCCUUAGACUUACCUGAGGUAAAAAACAAACAAAACAAAUUCUGAUUCAGCCUGAUUCAAGAAAUCCGCCUCACUGUGGUAUCGCUGAAUAUACUGCCAUGUGUGGUACAGAAAAGAAACCCUGCUACAAACUUGCUUGGUCCAUGCUUAUUUACAGUAUAAAUCAUUACUUUACUUUAGUCUGGCCCAAUGCAGAGAAACAAAACAGCUAAACUUCCAUUUUAGGAGGCAUCUGGAUCCAUUUCUUUAAAAAAGUAAAUUAUGCCACUGCACAUGAAAUAAAUGUGUAAAUGGGGUCAAAAGUUUCUCUAGCAAACAAAUUUACACAUUGUAUUGAAAAGUUUCCUUUUUCUUUCUUAAAUGUAUUUUUUUAUGGUUUUCACACAUUAUUGGAGCUGUGUGUGUGUGUGUGUGUUCUGGUUGUCAAUAUUUUUUCCAGCCUGUGAUGUCUUUCCAUUUCUAUUGUUGUGAACAGACACUUAUUCAUACAGUGUGAGAUGCUAAGCUUACUCAUGGUACAGCCUUCUUUAACCAAUGCAGUAUUUAACUCCAAAUCAUUAGCCUACAAAAUUUCUUAUAACCUGUUUUUCCAUGUCAAUAGAAACAAACCUUUGAUUUUAUUACUAAUGUUAAUUACUAAAUAUAAAAAAAAAAACACAUUGGUUUCCCUUUUUUAUAUUUUGUUUCAUUAUAGUAUUCAUUAGAUAUCAUAAUGUGGAAACUCCCACCACCUUUUGCAGAAGAAAUCUGUAUCCACACCUGCUUCAAUUUUACUACCUCCUCAUUUACUUACAAAUGUAAUUUUUAUACAGCAUUUUGUAGCAUCCAUUGUUCCACAUUUAGCCAGAAAAUGCAAGCAUAUGUCUGCCUGUGUAUCUUUGGUAUUCACCCUGUAAUGUGUGUGUAUAUUUUUUAUAUAUAUAUACACAUACAUACAUACACACACACAAAGUUGAUUGCAUUAAACCUACACUGUAUUUUUUUUUUUUAUGACAAAUGUGUAAUUGAGCAUAGUGUUUAGGGUAGAAAUUUUGUACUGUCUUUUAAUAAACAGUAAAAAGGUACUCAAUAUAAAUAUUAAUCAUAUUACCAAGAUCCAUUUACGAAAAUCUGCACUUUACAGAUAUCCUGGUUUUGUGAUGCCAGAAUACAUGGCAGUAUUUGUAUAUUAUCAGACAUGUGCUUUUAUAUUGUAAUAAAGUUAAAUGUGAGAAAUCAAUGCUCCCCCAUUGGA